AUGGAUUGCAAUUCUCUCGUUUUACGAAAUAACGCAAAAUGUUCGCCAUUUUUAAGUAACUUUGUUAAAACAGAAUAUUCAGAUUCGUCAUCAUUUUAUACGAAUAUUCAACAUAGUCUUGGUAUAAUGCGCAGUGAUGGUAGUGCGUGCGGCGAUGAUUCGUCCGAUUUAUCGUCACCGGAUACAUCUAUGAUAAUCGAUGAAAAUUAUAAUGAAACGUUAACAAUAACAGAUAAAAAGAAUAAGAUGACUAAUAAUCAACACUUUUGUCGCCGAGGUGUUAAUGGUGUACGAUAUUCUCAACGUUCAAAAUCUGCUCUAUAUCUAUGUCAUUCAAAACGUCGGCCAGAAUCAAUCUCUAUUAAUGAUGCACAAAAUCAACGUACCAUUGCAAAUGUUCGAGAACGACAACGAACACAAUCGUUAAAUGGAGCAUUUACACAAUUAAGACAAAUUAUUCCCACUCUACCAUCAGAUAAAUUAUCAAAAAUUCAAACAUUAAAAUUAGCCACACGUUACAUCGAUUUUCUUUAUCAAAUGUUACAUACCGAUAACUCAAAAUUAAAUUCAUCCACUCCAUUAUUAUCAACUACUACAAUGUCGCCAUGGUCAUCAAUGAAUGGUGAAGGACAAGGAUAUGGAACGUUAAGUUAUGCAUUUUCUGUAUGGCGAAUGGAAGGUGCCUUUCAAGGACACAGUGAAACUACAAAUGAAAAUGAUCCAUUUUCUCCAAUAGAAUAUGAGGAUAACUAG